GUUGGUACUUGAAAAAAAAUAAACCAGCGUGUAUUAGUCCAAACCAGUAUCAAUGGAUUCCAAGACCUUGAUUAUCCAAAUUAUCACCUUAAUCUCCACUCUCUUAUCUCUUGCAAAAGCUGUAGAUUUCGAUUAUCCUGCAGUUUUCAAUUUUGGUGAUUCAAACUCUGACACUGGUGAGCUUGUUGCUGGUUUAGGGUGGCGCCUGGACCUUCCUAAUGGACAGACAUAUUUCAAAACUCCAUCUGGAAGGCCUUGUGAUGGUCGUCUGGUUAUAGAUUUUCUCUGUACAUUUCUAACCCUUUUAAUGGCUUCCAGAGCCUGUAUUCUCCUGAUCUUGACCUCAUUUUCCAUCUGCUUUCCAAACGCCAAAUCCAUUCAUUUCAAUGUUCCUUCUGUUUUCAACUUUGGUGAUUCAAAUUCCGACACCGGCGCUCUUAUCUCUGCUGGGAUCGAAAGCAUUAACCCACCAUAUGGACAGAAUUACUUCCAAAAACCAUCUGGGAGAUAUUGUGAUGGCCGUCUCAUCAUUGAUUUUCUUAUGGAUGCAAUGGAUCUUCCAUUCCUAAAUGCCUAUCUGGAUUCAAUUGGAUUGCCCAGUUUCCGAGAAGGGUCCAAUUUUGCAGCUGCUGGGUCUACUAUACGCCCGGCAAACGCAGCAUCAGUCAGCCCUUUUUCAUUUGGAGUUCAGGUGAAUCAGUUUCUUCGAUUUAAGAAGCGGGUUCUUCAAUUGCUAGGUAAAGACAAGGAAAUUGAUAAGUAUCUGCCAAUGGAAAACUUUUUCGAGAAGGGACUCUACAUGUUUGAUAUAGGCCAGAAUGAUCUUGCUGGUGCAUUUUACAGCAAAACCUUUGAUGAGAUAGUUGCCUCAAUUCCCUCCACUUUAUUGGAAUUUGAAACAGGACUAAAGAGAUUAUAUGAUCAAGGGGCUAGGAAUUUUUGGAUACACAACACAGGUCCUCUUGGAUGCUUGCCUCAGAAUGUAGCCAAAUUUGGAACUGACCGUUCAAAGCUUGAUGAACUAGGAUGUGUCAGCUCCCACAAUCAAGCUGCAAAGAUUUUCAAUCUGCAGCUUCAUGCUCUCUCUAAGAAAUUACAGGGUCAAUAUGCAGAUUCAAAUUUUACAUAUGUUGAUAUUUAUACCAUAAAAUACAACUUAGUUGGAAAUUACUCUAGAUAUGGAUUUGAACAACCUAUAAUGGCUUGCUGUGGAUAUGGAGGUCCACCAUUGAACUAUGAUAGCCGAAUUGCCUGUGGUCAGACAAGUAUCUUGAAUGGAACUUCAGUCACAGCCAAAGGUUGCAAUGAUAGCACUGAAUAUGUGAGUUGGGAUGGAAUUCAUUACACAGAGGCUGCAAAUCAGUUUGUUUCUUCACAAAUACUCACUGGGAAAUAUUCUGAUCCACCUUUCUCAGACAAAAUGCCUUUCCUUCUUAAGCUCAAGUUUUAAAGGCAUAUAAAUCUAUGGUUAUUCUAUAAUAAUUAUUUUAUUCUUUCCUUCUCCCAAUAUCUUAACUUACCAAUAACAACACGCCAUACCCGUAGUAAUUAAGGUCUGGAAAUUGUAUUCUUAAUGCCCAGAAGCCAGAAACGCUACUAUUGUACUUAAUCAUUUGGAAUGCAUUAAAUUUCUGUUUCUUGAA